AUGUAUUUUCUACCUAAAAAUAACAAAUUUCAGGCACCCUCCACAUCCGACGAAUGGCAUGCGGUUUCAAAUGGAUUCGACAGAAAAUGGAACUUCCCCAAGUGUUGCGGUGCUUUGGACGGGAAACACAUCCGAAUUCAAUGUCCUCCUUGUAGUAAUAGCAACUACUUCAACUACAAAGGCUACUUCAGUACGAUUCUGUUUGCCCUCGUGGAUGCAAAUUACAAAUUCAUGUACGUUGAUAUUGGCAAAAAUGGCCGAGUCAACGACGCUUCUAUCUUUCGUAACUGCAGCUUGAAGAAGGGUAUUGAAAACGGAACGAUUGGAUUUCCACGCGGAAGUAUUUUGGUUGGAGAUGAUGCUUUUCCGUUGUCAGCUUAUCUGUUGAAACCGUACUCGCAUCAUGGAUUAUUGACAGCAGCAGAAAUAAUAUUCAACUACAGACUCUCGCGUGCCCGGAGAGUUGUGGAAAACGCAUUCGGAAUACUUGUGUCACGUUUCCGAAUUUUCACACGACCGAUUGAUUUGAUUCCCGAGAAGGUAGAUGAGAUUGUGAAAGCUGCUUGUAGUUUACACAAUUGGUUGCGGGAAACAAGUCCAACUACAUAUUUCCCAUUUGGAUGUGUCGACCACGAAGACUUGGAAACUGGUGAAACUAUUCCAGGAACAUGGAGGAACGAAAUAUCAGAGCUGGAAUCAAUGCAACCAUCCAGCUCCAGAAACUACACUAAAAAUGCAGCGUCAAUUCGAAACGCCUACAAGAAGUACUUCAUGGGUCCAGGUGCCGUUGAAUGGCAGUGGAAGCAACUGAACCGCAAAAAAUAA